AUGUCACCGAGGAUUGUUUUCUUGCAGACUCCUCAGGGAGGGCUCCUGACAGAGCAGGAGGCACGUGUGCAGGCAGCGCUUGAAGAGCUGAAAUGUGCUGACUGUUGGCCCUGGGAGAAGUAUAGACAAGACGGGGAGACCGAGAGGUCUUCAAAGCGUGGAAUCGCCAUUGAGAACAGCCUCCUCACAGCGGAGGCGCUGUCUGGCCUUUCACAGAUUAUUUCUUGGGGAGCAACUUGGGAGCACAACAUCACAGAUGGACCUGACCUGUCUGUGUGGAAGAUGGCUGGAGUUGACUUCGUGCCAAUGAUUUGGGGCUUUGCUACGUGCUGCCUCGGCCAGGCCAGCGGCCUUCCGAGCUCGAGCUCGGCCUUGCUGGGAUUCAAUGAGCCGAACUUCCCGAACCAGCGCCUGGGAACACUGCAGGCCGCUGAGCACUGGAAGGAUGUUGAACAAUUGGCGGCUGACUAUGGCAUUUCGACCAUCGUUUCGCCCUCCAUGAACUACCAUUGGUCGAUGGAUCCCAUUGACUGGCUUCAGCAAUUCUUUGCACACUGCGAGGGCUGCAAGGUGGAUGCCAUUGGCAUCCAUGUUUUUACAUGCUACGCUGCUGGCCUGAAGUAUCACCUUGACCGCUACCGUAUUUUUGGAAAGCCAAUGUGGAUCACAGAGAUUGCCUGUUCUGACCCUGCGUCACCCGAACGCCUCUCCGCAGAGGGCCAGAUGGCAUACAUGAGGGAGGCAAUACCUCUUCUGGAGGCUGAUGAGGACGUGGCCAAGUACGCAUGGUUCAGCUACUUUAAGGAUGAGUGGGCACAUCCGAUCGUGGCCGUUUUGGCAUGUUGCUCGUUGUCUCCGAGUGAGCCAAGGUUGAUGGUGAGAAUGGAGAUGCCGGCCUGGUGCAUCCGAAUGGCACACUGA